GUUGCAGCUAUUUCAGGACGGUGGGAAGCAACUUGCGAAAUGCAAGACAACCGCAAAGACAGGCGGCUGGGUAGUCGGUGGGGUUGCUCCUCUCUCAUUCUUCCCACAACAGCAGCAGUCAGCUACUAGACUAAUCCAAGCAACACGAGCAGAUCAAAACAUCAUCCCAAUCCCAAUCACCGUACCAAAGCCAUACAGUAUAACUAAGAAUGGACUGGAGUAGUCGAAGCAGCAGCAGCAUUGCCGAUGCGGAGGGCGACAUGGAUCAACUAUUCGUCAAUGAGGACCAAGAAGAAGACGAAGAAGACUGCACGAUGCAACUGACUCGCACGGAAUGGGAACGAGCUCGCGCCAUCAAAGCAGCAGUCGAAGCAUGUGACGACGUCCGGAAUGUUCCAGACUUUGAAUAUGCGAAAUUGGCCAUUUGCUGUAGCGCCAGUCAAAAAGUGGAGCAGAUUGUGGAGAUUUGUUACAAAUUGCAGGCAUUUCGAGAUUUGUACUCUCUCAAGGAAACCAUGGAAGACGCCACUACCACACUGCGGUCGUUCUUUUUUCAUCAACCGGGCUUAUUGAUGGACGUGUCGUACAUUCCUUCGGAAAAGUGUUACACGAGCAGCAGUGACAUGGCCAAGAUGAAUUUUGAUCGUGUGCAGACGGACGAAGAAUGGCGGGCAUUUCAAGGCGGGUGUUACUACUGGAUUCGCAGUAUGGAAUCGGAUUUCACCGCCAUUCGCAAUGGCAUUAUUGUAUUGAAUGAGUGCGAAGGCAUGAGUAUGAUGCGCAACUUUAACGUGGUGGCACAAGAACGUGCUGUCCACGAACUCUGGGCGUACUAUCCCGCCCGUCACAAGGAAUCGGUAUGGUUGAAUGCCCCCACUGCCGCCACCCUCUUUUACGGAAUCCUGAAACGCAUCAUCAAUAGCGAGCUGUUGCGAAGUUGGAAAUUGGAUGGUAAAUUGGACGGAUUCGAUGGACGACUCGAUCAACUCUUUCACAUGCCCACCAUGGAAAUUGCACAACAAGCACUGCUACAACGAAUGCAACGAUUUCUACAAAAACGAAAUGACAAUAUACAAACAUUCACAUUGGACAAGGCAAGGCUAAUAGUACCGUAG